GCGCGGCUGGAGGCCAGUGGUUAGGUCGUGGGCCCCGGCAGCACCGCUCUCGGCCGCCGCCAUCUUGCCCGUGUCCGGGCCGGAAGCGGCGGUCGCGCUGCCGCCUCAGGGAAAUUUGUAUUUUUGCAGUGCAUCUUGUUGAAGAUGGCAAUACUGGAAUGUUGCUGGCACUGCUGUCAUUGUACACUAAUUUGUCAUGCACUGUUAGAGACGUUUUGGUGAUGAACAAAGACUCAACACAGCUUUCCUGUGCUGAGAAGCCAUUGAGAGGAAGUGAACACUUGUUAAAACUUGAAGUGAAUGGAACUGACUGGUCUCUUUCAUUACAUCAAUAAACAUGAGCGGUACCAAACCUGAUAUUUUGUGGGCACCACACCAGGUUGAUAGAUUCGUUGUGUGUGACUCAGAACUGAGCCUUUAUCAUGUGGAAUCUACUGUGAAUUCAGAACUCAAAGCUGGAUCUUUACGUUUAUCUGAAGAUUCUGCAGCUACAUUACUGUCAAUAAACUCAGAUACACCCUAUAUGAAAUGUGUUGCAUGGUAUCUCAAUUACGAUCCUGAAUGUCUCCUAGCAGUUGGACAAGCAAAUGGUCGAGUUGUACUUACAAGUCUUGGUCAAGAUCAUAACUCAAAGUUCAAAGAUUUAAUAGGAAAAGAAUUUGUCCCAAAACAUGCACGACAAUGCAAUACCCUUGCAUGGAAUCCAUUGGAUAAUAACUGGCUUGCUGCUGGUCUAGAUAAACACAGAGCUGACUUUUCAGUGCUAAUAUGGGAUAUCUGUAGCAAAUACACUCCUGAUACUGUUCCCAUGGAAAAAGUGAGACUUUCAGCGGGUGAAACUGAAACAACAUUAUUAGUAACAAAACCAUUGUAUGAAUUAGGGCAGAAUGAUGCUUGUCUCUCUCUUUGUUGGCUUCCACGAGACCAGAAACUGCUCCUUGCUGGUAUGCAUCGUAACCUAGCCAUAUUUGAUCUUCGAAAUACAAGCCAGAAAAUGUUUGUAAACACAAAAGCUGUUCAAGGGGUGACAGUAGACCCCUACUUCCAUGAUCGUGUUGCUUCCUUCUAUGAAGGUCAGGUUGCGAUAUGGGAUCUUAGAAAAUUUGAAAAGCCAGUUUUGACUUUGACUGAGCAACCAAAACCCUUAACAAAAGUAGCAUGGUGUCCAACUAGAACUGGUUUGCUUGCAACUUUAACAAGGGAUAGCAAUAUUAUUAGGUUGUAUGAUAUGCAGCACACGCCCACUCCCAUCGGGGAUGAAACUGAACCCACAAUAAUUGAAAGAAGUGUUCAGCCUUGUGACAAUUACAUUGCUUCCUUUGCAUGGCAUCCGACAAGUCAAAAUCGAAUGAUAGUUGUGACUCCCAACCGAACAAUGUCUGACUUCACGGUUUUUGAAAGGAUAUCCCUUGCUUGGAGCCCGAUUACAUCUUUAAUGUGGGCUUGUGGUCGUCAUCUGUAUGAAUGUGCGGAAAAAGAAAAUGAUGAUUCUUUAGAAAAAGAUAUAGCAACGAAAAUGCGCCUUCGAGCUUUGUCAAGGUAUGGACUUGAUACAGAACAAGUCUGGAGAAACCACAUUUUAGCUGGAAAUGAAGAUCCACAGCUCAAGUCACUCUGGUAUACUCUGCACUUUAUGAAGCAAUAUACAGAAGAUAUGGAUCAGAAAUCUCCAGGCAACAAAGGAUCAUUGGUUUAUGCAGGAAUUAAAUCAAUAGUAAAAUCAUCUUUGGGAAUGGUAGAAAGCAGCAGACAUAAUUGGACUGGGUUGGAUAAGCAAACUGAUAUUCAGAAUUUAAAUGAAGAGAGACUCUUAGCUUUACAGCUUUGUGGGUGGAUAAAGAAAGGAACAGAUACGGAUGUAGGGCCAUUUUUGAACUCCCUUGUACAAGAAGGAGAAUGGGAGAGAGCUGCUGCUGUGGCGUUGUUCAACUUGGAUAUUCGGCGAGCAAUCCAAAUCCUGAAUGAAGGGGCAUCUUCAGAAAAAGGAGAUCUAAAUCUCAAUGUGGUAGCAAUGGCUUUAUCGGGUUAUACAGAUGAGAAGAACUCCCUUUGGAGAGAAAUGUGCAGUACACUACGAUUACAACUCAACAACCCUUAUCUAUGUGUCAUGUUUGCAUUUCUGACAAGUGAAACAGGAUCUUACGAUGGUGUUUUGUAUGAAGACAAAGUUGCGGUACGUGACAGAGUGGCAUUUGCUUGUAAAUUCCUUAGUGAUACUCAGUUAAAUAGAUACAUCGAGAAAUUGACCAAUGAAAUGAAAGAAGCAGGAAAUCUGGAAGGAAUUUUGCUUACAGGCCUUACUAAGGAUGGAGUGGACUUAAUGGAGAGUUAUGUUGAUAGAACUGGAGAUGUCCAGACAGCAAGUUACUGCAUGUUACAGGGCUCACCUUUAGAUGUUCUGAAAGAUGAAAGAGUCCAGUACUGGAUUGAGAAUUAUAGAAAUUUAUUAGAUGCUUGGAGGUUUUGGCACAAACGAGCUGAAUUUGAUAUUCACAGGAGUAAGUUGGAUCCCAGUUCCAAGCCAUUAGCACAGGUGUUUGUGAGUUGUAAUUUCUGUGGCAAGUCCAUCUCCUACAGCUGUUCAUCUGUGCCUCAUCAGGGCAGAGGUUUUAGUCAGUAUGGUGUGAGUGGCUCCCCAACAAAGUCUAAAGUCACAAGCUGCCCUGGCUGUCGAAAACCCCUUCCUCGAUGUGCUCUUUGCCUCAUUAAUAUGGGAACACCUGUUUCUAGCUGUCCUGGAGGAUCCAAAUCAGAUGAAAAAGUUGACUUGAGCAAGGACAAAAAAUUAGCUCAAUUUAACAACUGGUUUACAUGGUGUCACAAUUGCAGGCAUGGUGGACAUGCUGGACACAUGCUUAGUUGGUUCAGGGACCAUGCAGAGUGUCCUGUGUCUGCAUGCACGUGUAAAUGUAUGCAGUUGGAUACAACUGGGAACUUGGUACCUGCAGAAACUGUUCAGCCAUAAAAUGUUAUCACCUAAAGAGAAACCUUCACGUGUGGAGCUUUCUAAUAGAUGUCCUUCAUAGCUGAAAAACAUACCUCAGAACAAGUCACUCAUGACUUUCCUAUAAUGAGAAAAUAAAUCAUUCUAUCAGAUCAGCCAUUUGAUUUUUGAGUGAAUUUGAUGUGCUUCACAGAGACAAAUGCUGCUGAAAUGAACAUCAGAGUGUGAGCAUAUGUUUUGUUCAAUAGGUUGAAACUUCCUGUUGGAAAAACUUUUAGGGUACUGUUGAAAUUAUAAACAUUAUAAACAGUUUCUGGAAUAACGAAGAGACCUUGAACCUGUAUCUUCAAAGCCAAAAUCAGAUAUCUUUCAAUAAAAUCUACACUUUUAAAAUAAAAUGACAAAUUGAGUAGUUCACAUGAUAGCUUAAGCUUAACCAUACUUAGAUUCUUUUCAGAUACAAUUAUGGAUAUUUACUUUUAGAAUUCUCCUAACCCACACUGGAGAAAUAAAAUUUGUCAAUAUAUAUUUGAUAAUACACAUUUUAAGGAGACUUUUCCCUCAUACAAUUUCAUUUAAAUAUAAGAAAUUUUUGGUGUAAACUAUCAUUGUGUUCCUUAAAACCCAAAAUUAAGAAUGUAUCUUACAACUUUUCAAAAAAGAAAAGUAUGCACCAUUUUGGGAGAAAUUAUUACAAAAUUUUCAGUUUCAAGUUUUUAAUUUGCAAUGUACCAAUUUGUCUUCAGAGAUUUCUCUCCAUUUUAGUAUGUCCUCACCACCUAGGAACAUUUUAACUGAACACGAAAUCUAUGUAAGAUCAUGUUUGACAACCCAUUUUACAUAAUCUCUUAGUGUGUCCUACUGUCAGAUUCCUUCCUGGAAUAUCCUGUUUUUUUCUAAGAUAGAUUAGGAAGUGUCAGGGAAAACAGGGUUAUUUUGGAGAUUGAAGGCACAAAUCGCUAAAGGUAAGUGUAUUGUGCCAGUUGAAGGACUUUAUUCUAAAAUUGAUUUUUUUCUCUUUGUAACUAGAUAGUUGGAGGAGAAAUAACAGAAUUUGUAUAAUACUUCCCUGUCAUAUGCACAGGAGUGAACUGAAUUUUGUAGGAAGCCUAAUAUUUAUAGAUUUUUAGAGAAAGAAAUAUCAAGCUGAAGAAUUUUAAGAGCUUUUAUGUUAACAGUUUUAUCUGUUAAAAAGUAAGAUCUAUUAGAUUAAUUUGAGAUGUGGCCUAAAUACUGUAUUGAAGAAAAGUAGAUUAAAUCUGUUUAUUGAGAUCAGAUACAAAAGAUCCUUUUCUAGGAAAAUUUUGGAAGUAGUUCAUAUUCUAAAUGUCUUAGCUAGAUGACAGUUUUCUUUUAAAAUCAAAGAACUGAGCCUAAUUUAAAAAAAUUUUUAUCAAGAUUGCAAUUAAGGGAGUUUUUACAAUCUUAAGUAAAUAUUGAUUUCAUUUUAUUAAAAUGUACACUUUUGUAUUGCUUUAGUUGGAGUGUUCCUUUCAGUUUUACUAUUCUAAAUAUUAGAAGUUAGCUAAAUAAAACCACAUUUUCAUUUCACUAAAGUACAAUAUAAAAUGAAUGACUAUCUGAAGUAUUUAUAAUUUUUAGAAAUACAGCUUAAGACAUGAAUAUAAAGUAUAUUGUGUAAUUAUGCCUAUUUGUAAUCAUAAUAUAUAGAAUGACAUUUUCAGUAUUGAUUUUUACUAUGUGCCAACUUUCUUAUACUUUCUUUGAAGCUCAGACAUACAGUUUAUGGGAUGUCUGUGCAUUUUGCAUUUCAGUGUAUAUGAGCCAUGAAAAUAGAUUCAGAUUGUUUUCCCAUUUUUAUUACCAAGUCACAAAUAUUGUGAUUACAAACUCAACAAGAUAUUUCACUUAAAUGAGUUCAACAAGUGUUUAAUAAGUGUUUUUAUUAUUUUUUAAAAUACUGAGUGAAAUUCAAAAUUAACAUAUCAAGAAAUUACCUAUGACUCCUCUACAGAUAAUCCAUAUAAAGUAAUUUAUUUAUUUGAUGACAAAUUUCACACUUACUCUUAAUUAGAAGUAAUAUUUCUUUUAGGUUCUGUUUUUCAGUUUAAUACACUGUACUAAGUGGUUAUUCUUUAAAAUAUAUAUUCAUAUACAUAUAGAAUAGGGAAUAUAAUUCUGCAUCUAAUUGGAUGACUGAAUUGCAUUUCACUGAUUAUUCUGCAAACAGUAUUGCUUUGAAAAUUAAAUUAUAGUCCUACCCCCAGUAACUUGCAUAAAUAGCUUAGUAUUUGUGAACUUUAGUUUCUUCAUAUGUUAAAGGUACAAAAAUACCUACCUCAUAAAGUGAUUGAGAGUAUUUUUUAUUGAUACAUUUUAGAUAUACAUAAUGAUAACAUUCAUAGGGAAUUUGUACCUGUAUGUGAUAUAUUGUGCUGCUUUUUUUCCUAUUCUCCUUCUAAUUGGGAAUAUUAAGUAAUGGAAUAAAUAUUAAGUGUUCUGUAAA